UCCUGUUUGAAGGGGGAGAGGGAAAAGAAAGAGCCAGGGGAAUGUCUGAGGGAGUCUGAGGGAACCGGUGGGCAGGAGAGGCUUUGGACGACAGACUGCAGGAAACACUGGUUUAAAAAUACUCCCUCGGUUGCCAGAAAUAGACUCGGCUUUGGACGAGUUAAUCAGCGGCCGAAAAGUUCGGAGCGCAUUUUGUUGUGCGCUUUUUGGGUAACUCAAAGUCUAGUGAACUGUAUUGGGAUCAAUCAAAACAGCGUCAGGAGAAAAGCAAGAGCACCGCAGAGGUUUUUUUUACCCUCUGUCUCCUUAAAACGGGAACUGAAACGACGGGAUUCUUUUCGCUUUGCUCUCAUCAGUGGAUAAUCACAUUUUCAGCAUCUGCCGGAGUCACAACAAAACUUUUUCCAGCGCACAACUUUGGAUCUUUGCGCUGCUGAGAUGCGCUGAUGGAGUCCGGUGAUGUUUCCAAGAUGACUUCUCUUCUCAUGAAGCACAUUUUCAGAGGUGAUCUCCUCCCAACAAAAACCAUGAGCGGGUCUAAAUGGUUGUUUUUGAUCCUCACCGUCAUUUUUUCUGCUUGGAGGCCAGUAUCCGCCGGAUCACUCACAGAUUUGGAGUUUGAACGUAGUCCCACUACCAUCAUCUCUUCACUGGGCAAACCUGUUACAUUGCACUGCACCCUGAAAGGCACAGGGGGUGAGGAAGAGGACCCCCCUGAUGUGCUCUGGCUGAGAGACGGUGUGCCACUUCAGUACGCAGACACCAACCAGUUCCAAGUCCACACUGGCAGCAACAGUUGGACGAUCAUGAGCACGCUCAGUAUUGAGAAGGUCCAGCUUCCUGACAUGGGCUCCUACCGAUGUGCCGUUCUGUCAGAAAGCCACCAGACUAUGUCUGAUGAGGGGAGCAUUCAGCUGGAGGGCCUUCCUCAUUUCUCUGUGGAGCCCCAGCACAUGUCUGUAGUGGCCAAUGUAUCCCUGAGUCUGAGCUGUGUGGCCCACGGACCUCCAGAGCCAGUCAGGGUCAUCUGGCUACAGGACGGUGCUCCUCUCAACUCCCUGACAGACCCGGUGGCCCUGUCACCCUCCACGCUUAACCUCACAGGUUUGAACAGGACCAGCACUUUUUCUUGUGAAGCCCAUAACCGCAAAGGCGUGGCCACCUCUGGAUCUGGUACCAUCACCGUUCUCCCAUCUCAGCCUCGGAAUCUGACAGCUGUGGAGAUCACUCCGACCAGCCUCCGUUUAUCAUGGCAGCCUGGUUUCGGAGGCGUCUACCCGAUAAUCCGUUGCUCUGUUCAGGCCAAACAUGCGGGAGAGUCCUUCAAAGCAGGACCAGAUAAGAUGAUCCACAACCAGAAUGUGAACAUCCCACCAACCACGCACCUCAUUGGGGACCUGGAGCCCCACAGCCUCUAUGCUGUCAGGGUGGCCUGUCACAGCAGCCAGGGCCCAUCUGACUGGUCGCACUGGGUGGAGCUACGCACCAAAGAAGGAGUGCCAGAAAACCCACCUGUUAACGUGAGUGCGGUGUUGAACGGGACUGAGGUGCUGAUGACGUGGGAGGGGCCUCCAGGGAAGCUGAAUGGAGAACUGCAGGGCUACAUGGUGGAGUACAGCACGCCAGCCGCACAGCAGUUUGUUGUGGACACUGGUUUGGACACUGAGCUGUCGAUCAAUCUGUCUCUCCCCCUGUCCAAUGUGUCCUUUCGAGUGUGUGCUUAUACAGGAGCCGGGCAAGGACCCUGGACUCCCACACAGACCCUGACACUUAUUACUCCUGAAAUGGAGGAAUUUAGAGGUCCGUCAUCGCCCCCAGCCUUUUCCUGGCACUGGUGGUAUGUGGUGAUGGCCAUCGCCGGCGCCGUGUCCAUUGCUGUGCUCAUGGCUGUUUACGUGGCCAAGCUGCGGCGCAAGGAGACACGCUUUGGAGAGGCAUUUGAACCCAUGAUGGAGAGCGGGGAGCUUGUGGUCAGAUACCGCGCUCGCCGCACCUACAGUCGCAGGACUACAGAAGCAACAUUGAACAGCCUGGGCAUCAGCGACGAGCUGAAGCAGAAGCUCCAAGACGUGAUGGUGGACAGACAUAAACUCACCCUGGGAAAGACCCUGGGAGAAGGGGAGUUUGGCUCUGUGAUGGAAGGGCUGCUGACUCAGGAGGAGUCUGUUCUCAAAGUUGCUGUCAAGACUAUGAAGAUUGCCAUCUGUACACGCUCAGAGAUGGAAGAUUUUCUCCGUGAGGCCGCCUGCAUGAAAGAGUUUGACCACCCCAAUGUCAUGAGGCUUCUAGGUGUGUGUCUGCAGACUGUGGAGAGUGAAGGUUACCCCUCCCCUGUGGUCAUCCUGCCCUAUAUGAAACACGGCGACCUGCACAGCUAUCUGCUAUACUCAAGGCUGGGAGACUGUCCUGUGUACCUCCCAUCUCAAAUGUUGGUAAAGUUUAUGACCGAUAUUGCCCGAGGGAUGGAGUACCUCAGCAGCAAGAACUUCAUCCACAGAGACCUCGCCGCUCGCAACUGCAUGCUGAAUGAGAACAUGAAUGUAUGUGUGGCUGACUUUGGCCUCUCUAAGAAGAUCUACAAUGGAGACUACUACAGGCAGGGGCGGAUCUCAAAGAUGCCCGUCAAAUGGAUCGCUAUUGAAAGCUUGGCUGAUCGUGUCUACACCACUAAGAGUGAUGUGUGGUCAUUUGGCGUCACCAUGUGGGAGAUCGCCACACGGGGCCAGACUCCAUACCCUGGGGUGGAAAACAGUGAGAUUUAUGAUUACCUGAGACAGGGGAACCGUCUCAAACAGCCUCCGGACUGUCUGGACAGCAUCUACGCCCUGAUGUUCUCCUGCUGGCUGCUGAGCCCGAAGGAUCGCCCGUCAUUUGAGUCCCUGCGCUGCGAGCUGGAAAAAGCCCUUGAGGAUCUUCCAGACACCCAGGACCCAGAUGAGAUCUUGUACGUCAACAUGGAUGAGUCUUCCAUGGAGCUAGGGGCCGUUGGUGGCCGUGACCCCAUUGGGGGACCGGCCCCUCUCUGCCUGAAGGGCCUAGACUCUGUGACCACAGUGGAGGUCCACCACCCCAACCGCUACGUCCUCUGUCCCCAACACGAGACCAACCGAGCCCUCUCUGAGUCCUUGGAGAGCCUGGACAUGCCAGUGUCGUCCUCCACAGCCACGCUGCCUAUACAGCCCUCCUGCCACUCCACUCCCAACCCCACCCCGGCUCCCACCCCAACUGUCGAGCUGCUGGAGGACAGGGAAGGGUCCAGGAAAAUGCCCUGGCAGUGAUGGCUUCACUCUUAAAAAUUACAAGACUCGUCACUGCCAAAGCGUGCUACCUUUUAACCCCAGUCCAUGAACGAGAUCCAGCCUCUUGCUACUGACUGUAAGAAACCUAACGUGCCCCUACAUUCAUAUUUUGCACAACUACACACACAGCCGAAGACAUUCCAAGGAGGUGAAGGACUAGGAUUAUCUCCUUUGUCAACCCUCUGAAAUGAGCACAUUUCCAAGUGAGUGCAAAAGUUAUUGUGUGAUAAGUGUAGCAGGAGAAACACAAUGAUAGAUGGUGGGUGAACAAGUUUAAAGGACACGUACACUGCAGCACAAUCAGAGAAAUUAAUUCCUAGUCACUAUAGCAAUAAAAUACCAUACCUGCACAACUACCUGCAUACAACAGAUCGAUCUCCUUCACACGAUUAAGCUAGAAAAUCUCUGUGAAACCAGCUCAGACACUGCCAGGCUGAAUCUACAACCAAACAAACUCAGGAGCUCGAACUUGUGAGUAAGGGCUAAGAUGGAGGACUCGCACCAGCUGAGGAAAGUGUUCCUCUGAUGGAGAAACCUCACCCAUCUGGAUCCAUGCUCCUGUGUAACUGAGCAAAAAUAAGUCAAGGACUGGUAGGGAAGAAAGGAAGCAGCAACAGUGUCUCCGUCACUGAAGGUGUCAUCUGAUGAAGAUGACUGGCUGCUUUGAUACAGUUUAUGAAGGACAAUAAGAUGAGUUUAGGGAUAAAAUCCCCAGCGGUGUCGCUGUUGGGCUGCUUUUUUUUUUAACAUUGAGCACCAUAAUUUUUCAACUUCAAGCUGCAUUUUUUUUUACAGAUGUCAUAAUCCUUCAACUAAAGUUCACCAUACCUAAAGUUCAGACUUUUACCCGACAGCAACAGAAUAUAAAUGAAAUAUCAUUUUUAAAAAUAAGUAAUACAUUCAAACAAUUUAAAGAGACCAAAUUUGCUGAGAAAAUAAAUUCCACUUCAGGCUUUAGAGACUUUUGUGUGAGGCUGUUUUGAAUGAGGAUCCUCCAUCUUAUUGAUCAAAACCCACAGGAGUUUGUAUGAUAGCCUAAUGUAGCGCUCUAACAACCCCUGCUUCCUCUCCAGGGGUCAUACUGCUAGGUGUGCAUGAAGCACCAUGAGCCAUGUACCGUCCACACAAGGCAACAUGUGAAAGUCCUGUUUCAACUAGUCCAUACAUCUUUGUCACAACUCAGGAACCUGAGAGUUUGCUCAGCAGGGGCAGAGGUACUGGUCAAAUCAAGAGGGUACAGAUAAUCAGAGGCAGGUGGAUGGACUGAGGCUCGGUACGGACAUGAUGGAGUUACCCAAGGCAAAUGGCGGGAUAAGCUCCUCACCUUUGCAUUUGGCUCAAGCACAGUGUUAUUACACAUUUUGUCAUUUUUUUUUAAAAUGCUGAUUUUUGUAUUUCUACAACUUUGCACUAAUGUUUUUAUAUCAUUGUAUGUUUGUUGAUAAUUUGUAUAUCUUUUACGCCUUUUUUAUGUUAAUGACUUUCUGGACAGUCUUCCUGCAGAUGCCUCUCAUGAAAUCAGUUCACAUGUAACAACUUGCAUAUUCAUAAAGGCAGAGAACAAAGCCUGUGAACGCAUUUAAAGGGAUAAUUUGCCCAUUUUUAACCAGCUUUGUAUCAUAACAAUGUGGGUAGCAUGUAUAAAUGAACUGUGGUAAAUGUUCUCAUCUUACCAGUGCACAGAUCUCCCUGCUCAUCUCUCAGCUCAAUUUUUUGUGGUUCUAGGGCUGUUGCUUGAACUACAGAUUGUACUUCCGCAUUUUUGUAUGCCCGGACACAGAGAGUAUAGAAGCAGAUUGGGAGAGAGAGACUGGCCUCUCUCAAACUCAGUCCAAACUGAUCAAAUGAUAAAACUGAGCAGUGCUGACAAAAUAUGAACCAAUAUUCUGUUACAAUAUCUCCUAUUUCUCACCUUAAAUGUCUCCAGAAACAUGUUUUAGUGCACUGUUUAUCUGUAAUUUGAGACUGUUUGUUACCAGCCAGCUGUUUCCUGUGGGAAAAUGGAAAAGCUCGCAUUACAUCACCCACCUUUUGGGAGUGUUUAUUGGUCCAAUGUGGCAAAGUGCAUUCUGGUAAUUGUAGGUUUUCUACCUCUUUCACAGAAGCAAAUGCCACAGCCCUUUUUUGCGUCUUUUUACUGCAUAAACAGCCCAGGUUUAUAGACCAAGACCAUCAUUCCACCAGUGAAAUACUUCUUUAACUCCAUUCAGUGGAGUGCUUUCCAUAAAUGAGCAAAGACUGGGAGACUGGGAAACAUGACUAACCUCAUCAUCUGACAUCAUCCUGGCGCUCUUUUAUUCUGCGAUAUUUUUGUUUCUCGAGGUUUAGCACUGUAAAUAGAAUUCUGGUACCAGCAGAGUCGAGGAGGAGGAGGAGACAGAAAGCAGCAGCAAGUGUGCUUUGGCUCACCAGCUGCAACUUUGCAUUGUGCAUGCACUUAUUUUUAUAUAUAUCCACACUAUAUAUAUAUAUUUGCUUUAGUUUAUACUUUUGUCAUUGGAAUGGACCAUAUUCCAACACACAUUUUGGGAGAGCUAUUGUUUCAAUGAGGCGCUGUGUUUCUCAGAUGUAUACAUCAAAGGUACUAUAUGAAACAGUAUACAGUGAUAUUUUAUACCUGUAGCAUUACUGAAAUUCCUUGUUUAGAUGAAAUGUACUUUUCUUGUUAUACCUUUGGUACUGAAUAGUCAUUGAGUUAUAGUCCUACAUUCUUUGUGAACUACAGAGAGUGGUGCUAAGACUGAGGCACUGGUCUUAAUUGGUCUGUAUCGAGAUUUCACCAGUUUGAAAGCAGAUAUACCCACAGUGUUACACCAGCCACUGUGUUUGAAACAUUGAGGUCUUUAGCAUGGGCGGAUUAUGAGACAAAGGGCUCCUGGGCACAGACACGCAGAAGGCCUCACCACCUCUCCUACAUAGAGCUUUACAGUUGUUUAGCCCCUUUUUGUUGUAGUUUUGUGUGUUUUUGUAGUCGUUACAAUCUCUGUGGUUUUGUACCGCUUUGUGGUAAUUUUAUGUCUCUUUGGAGUUAAUUGUCACUUUGUGGUCAUUUUGAGUGUUCUUGAAGUUGCUUUGCAUCUCUUGAUAGUUACUUUGAGUAUCUUUGUGGCUGUUUUGACCAUUUUCAUAGUCAUUGUGAGUCUUUUUGUGUCUAUUUGCAGCUGUUUUGCAUCUCUUUGUAGCCUUUUUGUUUUUCUUUUUGGCCUUCUUUUGUCUCCAUGUAGUCAUUUUAUGUUUCUUUGUGGUCAUUGUGAGUCUCCUCCGGGUCAGCACAUGUUCAUUUGAGUAACAUUUUGCAGGUGAAGGCCAGGGGAGGGGCCCUGACACUUUUGGCCCCUGGGCCUGUAUCUGGUAAACCCGUUCAUUAAUCCUUUCAUUUAGUAAAAAAGUUAAAGUAAUGCUCCAAGGAGAUUCCAGCAAAAACAAAUUACUCCUUAAUGAACAAAAUCAGUUCAGCCUUAAAACUUUACCUUCAGUGCCUUCAGAGAGCCAGUAUUUUUGCAUCAAUGUGUGUGUGGAUUGUGAUUCUCCUGGUGUGUUGAAUUGGGAGAAGACUGUACUAUAGUUGCCUUUAUAUUGUCACUGUCAUGAUUUGUAAACAAAGUUUUAUACAGUACCUACAGUAUUUUGUAUAAGAAAUAAAUAUGUUCAUCAUGAAUGA